AUGGCACCUACCACGGAGAAUGUCCCGAGCAAAGGGGAGGGCCAUCUCGAGCAUCGCUUUUCUCGCCUCACAAUGAUAGGCUUGACAUUUGGCAUACUGAACACUUGGAUUUGUCUCGCAGGCUCACUAGGAAUAGUCAUGCCAUCCGGGGGAUCUGUUGCCUUCUUCUACGGCUUCAUCUUCUGCGUCCUCUGCAAUCUAUGUCUCUCGGCAAGCGUCGGCGAGCUUUCCUCGAUUUGGCCAACGGCAGGUGGUCAAUAUCACUAUACGUAUGCCCUGUGCAAUGAUAAUUGGAAGAUGUUAAUGAGCUUUUCUGUUGGGUGGAUCAACAUUGCUGGCUGGCUUACACUCAUUACGACCGAAGCAUUCUUUUGCGCCCAAUUCAUAUCUGCAGCCGCCGUCAUUGGAUCGGAUGGGGCCUAUGUCAUCACACCUUGGAAGACAUACCUAAUCUUCUUGGUAGUCUCGACCUUCACUAUUCUGCUCAACAUUUUUGGCUACCGUAUUUUGAACCGCUGGAAUGAGUUUGCUCUGUUCUGGUCAGUUAUUGGGUGCUUAGUUGUCAGCAUUAUAGUGUUGGCCACUGGAGAAAAAACCUCUGCCGAAUUUGUUUUCACGAAUUUCAGCAAUUCGACUGGUUGGAGUGACGGAAUGGCAUGGAUGUUGGGACUUCUGCAGUCCGCACUCUCUCUGAUCGGCUUCGAUGCGGUCGCCCAUCUGACAGAAGAGAUGAAGACUCCACAACGUGACAGUCCGCAGGCCAUGGUCGCCGCCGUAGGCAUCGGAGGCACAACUGGCAUCAUUUUCAUCCUUGUGAUGCUCUUCAGUCUGGUCGACCCAGAAACAAUUUUGACCACCAAGACCAACUCUCCUGUUGUCGAACUCAUCUACCAGGCGACCAAAAGCAAGGCUGCGACCGUUGUGCUCAGUUGUGCAUUAGCCGUGUGCUUCGUCAACGGUACAAACGGCCUUUCGCACAUCACUCCAGGCCUCAAUGUCCCGGUCCGUGCCAUCCUGGCGGCCGCCGUGUUCAACAUGCUCUUCGGGCUGCUAUAUCUCGGUCCAGCGGUGGCUUUCAACGCCUACUGCGCCAGCUGCACGAUAUUCCUAAAUCUCAGCUACGCGAUCCCCGUGGCUCUGCUGCUCAUUCGGGGAAGGCAGCUCGUCAGCACAUCCCGCCCUGUUUUCUACCUCGGCCACAAGAAGGGCUACAUCCUCAACUGGGUUGCCGUCCUCUUCGUCUUCGUCACCUCAAUUUUCUUCUGCUUCCCCGGCUUUCUACCCGUCACUACUAGCAACAUGAAUUACGUGUCGGCAGUGCUGGGCAUUUUCAUUGUCUUUUGCACAACGCUUUGGUUCGCGAAGAAGGGCCAGUACAAUGGCCCGCAGUUUGAGAUUAUCUUGGGAGAGGUUCCUAUGAUCAACGAGGACGAAAUGAUCAUCGCGAAGAAAGAGAUGCAGAUGCAGCAUAAGGAGUUGGUGUAG